GCCAGCUGGGCUCAGCAGCUCGGGGUUCCCAGCCUCAGACCCGGGAAAGUGACAGAGGCCGCGCGGAGGAGGAGACCCGGAGAGUCCGGGGCGACUCGGCAACCGCCCAGCCUCGGGGGAGCCCUGAGCUCCCCCACCCCCGGUUCUCGCCCGGCCCGGGGGGCUCCUCCAGCCUCGGCCCCACCCCCGGGCUCCCCAUGGAAGCCAGCUGCGCCCCGGGAGGAGCAGGAGGAGGAGGAGUCGGCUGAAUGCCCACGGUGCGCUCGGCGCCGCUGCCCUGAGGCCCCUCGGCGCCCCCGACCCGCGCCACCCCCGCCGCUCCUCCCCCGGGGCUCGCCGGGACCUGCCCCCCGGGCCGCCUGCCCGCGCCCAGCCGCAGCUCGGUGCGGGGAUCGCCGCCGCCCUGGAGUGAGGCGAAGAGCAGCCCAGUGGGGUCCCCGGAACCCGGCGCGAUGGACGCCGUCUUGGAGCCCUUCCCGGCCGACAGGCUGUUCCCGGGAUCCAGCUUCCUGGACUUGGGAGACCUGAACGAGUCGGAUUUCCUCAACAAUGCGCACUUCCCGGAGCACCUGGACCACUUUGUGGAGAACAUGGAGGACUUCUCCAAUGACCUGUUCAGCAGUUUCUUUGAUGACCCUGUGCUCGAUGAGAAGAGCCCUCUGCUGGACAUGGAACUGGAGUCCCCUGCUCCAGGCAUCCAGGCUGAGCACAGCUAUUCCCUGAGUGGGGAUUCUGCACCCCAGAGUCCGCUUGUGCCUGUCAAGAUGGAGGACACCACCCAAGACGUGGAACACGGAGCCUGGGCCCUGGGACACAAACUGUGCUCCAUUAUGGUGAAGCAGGAGCAGAGCCCGGAGAUGCCCGUCGACCCCCUGGCCGCCUCCUCUGCCAUGGCGUCUGCCGCCGCCAUGGCCACCCCACCACUGCUGGGCCUCAGCCCCAUCUCCAGGCUGCCCAUCCCUCACCAGGGCCCGGGAGAAAUGACUCAACUGCCAGCAAUCAAAGCGGAGCCUCCAGAAGUGAGCCAGUUUCUCAAAGUGACGCCAGAGGACCUCGCACAGAUGCCUCCGACACCCCCCAGCAGCCACGGCAGUGACAGUGACGGCUCCCAGAGUCCCCGUUCUCUGCCCCCCUCCAGCCCUGUCCGGCCCAUGGCCCGCUCCUCCACGGCCAUUUCCACCUCUCCGCUCCUCACUGCCCCUCACAAACUACAGGGGACAUCAGGGCCACUGCUCCUGACAGAAGAGGAGAAGCGGACCUUGAUCGCCGAGGGUUACCCCAUCCCCACCAAACUCCCCCUCACCAAGGCUGAGGAGAAGGCCUUGAAGAGGGUGCGCAGGAAAAUUAAGAACAAGAUCUCGGCCCAGGAGAGCCGCCGCAAGAAGAAGGAGUAUGUGGAAUGUCUAGAAAAGAAGGUGGAGACAUAUACAUCAGAGAACAAUGAGCUGUGGAAGAAGGUAGAGACCCUGGAGAAUGCCAACAGGACCCUGCUCCAGCAGCUGCAGAAACUCCAGACCCUGGUCACCAGCAAGAUCUCCAGACCUUACAAGAUGGCAGCCACUCAGACUGGCACCUGCCUCAUGGUGGCAGCCUUGUGCUUCGUUCUGGUGCUGGGCUCCCUUGUGCCCUGCCUUCCUGCAUUCUCUUCCAGCUCAAAGACUGUGAAGGAAGACUCUAUCGCAGCUGACAGCGUUUACGCGGCCAGUCAGAUGCCCUCCCGAAGCCUACUGUUUUACGAUGACGGAGCAGGCUCGUGGGAGGAUGGCCCAGGUGCGCUGCUGCCCUCGGAGCCCCCGGAAGGCUGGGAGCUCAAGCCUGGGGAUCCAGCAGAGCCGAGGCCCCAGGACCACCUCCGACAUGACUAUGCGGACAGCACCCACGAGACUAAAAAGUACUUGAGUGACACCUGGCCAGAGGAGACUGAUGACAAUGGCACCAGCCCCAGCUUCUCCCAUCCCGAGGAGUGGUUUCAUGGCAGGCCCCUCCAAGACCCAGGACACAGGACGGACACCCUGGCACCCGGAAGAGGCGUUCUCUUGUUCACUGACCCAGAUCCAGCUCACACCCCUGCCCCGGGGCCCUCUGCCCCAGAAGAAAGGGUCUUCGCCCUCCCUGGCACUCCCAGUCCCCGUUGCGGCUGGGUUCCCUCCACGUCCCCAGACAUUUGGACUGCUCCCCUGGGCCAACCACUCUGUCCCCACUUCUUCCUCCCACAGCCAUCCGUCCUCCUCCGAUAACCACUCACUGGACCAUUUCAUGACCAAUGCGACCACUGUCCCUGGCCCCUCGCACACAAGCACACAAGCACACAUGCACACACGCACACACACGCACACACACCCCCACCUCCUACUGUACAGAGACCAAGAACUGAAAUUGUUUGUAAAUAAUGAACCUUAUUUUUUAUUAUUGCCAACCCCCUAAGAUAUUGUAUUUUACAAAUCUUCCUCCCAUCACUUCUCCCUUAUUUUGUAUUUUAUGAAGUUAGUGCGGGCUUUGCUACCCCUUGGCCUGGGACAGAGGGACACCCCACCCUCACCUGGCCUCCCUGUGCCGCUGCCCAAGCUGCUGGGCCUUUUUAAUUGCCAAACUGCUUCCUCUCCCAGCUCAGCUCACGCUUUAAGAAAGCAAAAUUAAAAAAAAAAAAAAAAAGAUUCA